UUUGCUGUAGUAAUAUAAGACGCAGAGGCGGUGGAUUAUGGUGUUGUGAAAGAUUUGAGAGAGGUGGAGACGGCUGUAGAGCUUAAGCACACCCAUGGAUCCAUCCACUUCCACUUCCACCCAUGCUUUAGAAUUACAGAGCCUUAACUCAGUUUCUAGUGCGAACCAGGAGGAUGUCACAUACAUGCCUCCUAAAAUUUACAGGGCUGCAGCACAAGGCUCCACCGAUAUUAUCCGCAGGACAAUGCCCAGAGUUGUCCAAUAUUUAACACCCAAUAAGAACACUAUCCUCCACAUUGCAGCCCAAUUCGGUCAACCGAAGUGCGUUGAAUUCAUCAUUCGACAUUACAGUGGGGAUUCAUCCCCACUGCAGUGGCCCAUCUGAAAGGGGACUCCCCCCUCCACCUUGCAGCGAGAGAAGGGCAUCUAGAGGUCGUGAAGGCUAUUAUUCAUGCUGCGAAAACAGUUUCCGAAAGAGAUAUUGAGAGUGGGAUUGGAGUGGACAAGGCCAUGCUGAGGAUGACCAACAAUGAGCAUGACACAGCCUUGCAUGAGGCAGUCCGGUAUCAUCAUCUGGAGGUCGUGAAGUGGUUGAACGAGGAAGAUCCCGAGUUUACAUAUGGUGCUAACUUUUCUGGUGGGACUCCUCUAUACAUGGCUGCUGAGAGAGGGUUUACAGACUUGGUGAAAAUAAUCAUAGAGAACACUAAUCGCAAUCGACUGGCUCACACUGGCCCCAUGGGUAGAACAGCUUUGCACGCAGCUGUGAUUUGCCGUGACCCAAUAAUGGUAAAAGAAAUUCUGAAAUGGAAGCCAGAUCUAACAAAAGAAGUGGAUGAAAACGGGUGGUCUCCACUCCACUGCGCUGCAUACUUGGGUUAUGUUCCAAUAGCGAGACAAUUGCUUCAUAAAUCUGAUAGGUCUGUAGUCUACCUAAGGGUAAAAAAUGAUGACAACAAGACAGCUCUUCAUAUUGCGGCCACCCGUGGAAACAGGAUCACAGCAAAACUGCUGGUGUCAUACUAUCCAGAUUGUUGUGAGCAAGUGGAUAUUAAUGGCAAUAAUGCUCUUCACUUAUUCAUGAUGCAAAAAAGAUUUUUCAUCAGAAGCUUGUUGAAUAUUCGCUGGAUGAAUGUGGGAGCACUUAUAAAUGAGAAGAAUGUUGAAGGACAAACACCUCUCCAUCUGCUUGCCCAUUCCCAGGCGAGAUCUGAUUGCACUUUCAUAAGAGACAAGAAAGUAGAUAAGAUGGCACUUAAUAGCCAAAACUUGACUGCUGUGGACGUAAUUUUACUGGCUGAGGAUUUAUUUGGACAAAAGGAUCUUAUCAUACGAAGACUGAAACGUGCCAAAGCUAGAAUCGGGCCUUUGUUGUGGCAGAAGGCUAUGAACAAAGACGAGGAUAAGAGCCAAAGCAAACGUAAUAAAGGUUUAGACACCUCUUUCUUAAAGAAAGCAAGUGAUAGCCAUUUGCUGGUGGCCGCACUUGUCGCCACUGUAUCCUUCGCAGCAGGUUUCACGCUACCCGGCGGUUAUAAGGAUAGUGACGGCAUGGCCAAGUUAAGCAACAAGCCUGGUUUUAAAGCAUUUGUUGUGUCAGAUUCCCUGGCCUUGGUGCUCUCUGUGACUGCUGUAUUGUGUCAUUUCUAUAAUGCAUUGGAGAAGAAAAAGGUCCACGUCACAUAUUUUCUAAGGUGGGCCUAUUGGUUCACCAAAUUGGGUGUAGGAGCAAUGGUGGUAGCAUUCUUUACCGGCUUGUACAGCGUACUGCCCCGUCACUCAGGGAUUGCCAUUUUUGUUUUGAUCAUCUGCAUCUGCUGUUCAGUUUUGAGCAUAACCUCUGGUAGGCCGAGAGUAAGAAAAUAUUUUUAGUUAAUUUUGAUUUUUUUUUAAAAUUAGAAUUUAUUAGGUUGAGUGAGAUUUUGUUUAUAUAUAUAUUAUUUGGAGUAAAAGAUCAUGUAGUAGUUAAAUAAGAUUAAUAAAAGUUAAUAAUUUUCUCUUGA